AUGACAGAUACCUCCUCGACUGCUCACGCACAUUCAACGGCGAAUCCGUUUCCGUUUCCGGCCACCACCUCCCCCUUGCCCUCCCCGGUCGCCAACGGAACUGGUUCGACCCACGAAGCCGAAGAAGAUGAGCCCUACACCAUCAAGUGCAUCUGCUCCUUUGAGGACGACGACGGCAGCACCGUCCUGUGCGAACGCUGCGAUACCUGGCAACACAUCGCCUGCUACUACAUCGACAAGAAGAAUGUGCCAGACAUCCACAACUGCGUCGACUGCGAGCCCAGGCACCUCGACGGCAAGCGGGCCACCGAGCGCCAGCGCAAGCUGCGGGAGCAGAACGACUCCAACAGCAAUGCCACCGAUGAACAGAGGAAAAGUCGUCGUUCCGGCUCCAAGAGCCAGAAGAAAAAGCCAAAGGAUAUCGGCUCACCCUCUGGCGUCGGUGGCGACCAGCGUAACGGAUGGUCUUCGCACGAACGAGCCGGCUCCACGGCUUCGAAAGAGAACGGUCACCAUCACCACCAAGGCCAACAACUCCAACAGACAAAGAAGCAACGAGGAGCCCACCGCUCUUCUAACUCUAUAAGCUCUGUCGGUGGUGGUGACUCUCGUAAGCGUGGAAACAACAUCAACGGCAAGUCUCCAGGCUCUUCUUUCCCCCAGAUUCCGCUUUACUCUCCCGAGUUUCUUCAUCUCUACGACAACGACAAUGCCAGCCUCGACAUGCAAGGGAACCUUUUCCGUACCAUCGGUCUCACCAACGACCUGGCUUCGUGGGUAAAGGACCCUCUUGCGCUUGCUCAGGUUGCAAACGGUCGUAGCGCCAAAGAAGUCUUCAAUCACACCGAUCAGCCGCUCGAUCCUUCAACCUGGCCACCUCUCACAAAGCAGACCAUUGUCGACAAUCAUGUCGAAAUCGACGGCAGGCACCCAACCUGGCAGUGUCUCAAGGUACAGAGCAACGUGCGCAAGGACGAGAUCGUAGGCGAGGUCAGAGGUAAAGUUGGCCACUUCAGAGACUACUGUCAUGACCCGGACAGUAGGUGGCAGGAACUUCGCCACCCUGAGCCGUUCGUCUUUUUCCACCCUCAGCUACCAAUAUACAUCGACAGCAGGGAAGAAGGCACUGUGCUCCGGUACAUCCGCCGGUCUUGUCGUCCAAACGUCACAAUGCGAACGUACAUCACAAACCAGGUAGAGUACCAUUUCUGCUUCGUCGCAAACCAGGAUAUCCCCAUGGACACCGAGAUAUCGACCACCUGGUAUCUCGAUCCCAAGAUGUUUCCCUCCAACGGCCUGGUCAAGGAAGAAGGGUUGCCGGAUGGGUCACCAGACGCGGCUGCCAUCUCAAUAAGUAACGUUCUUGCCCAUUUUGGUGGCUGUGCCUGUGAUGAUUCAGUAAAACCAUGUCUCCUGGCAAAUAUUGACUGCCGCAUGAAGCCAAAGUCGCUGCUGGAGUCCAACACUAAGCAGGCGAACGGACGCAGGAAGAAGGCCAAGACAAAAACUGCUGCUUCACCUGAUAGCUCGGGAUACGUUGCCGCCCACAGUCGGUCAGGCAGCGAGAUCGUUCGCAAAGAAGAUGAUGAUGACCAUGCUGAUGCACGAUCAACGUCUGGCUCCCUCAAGGAUCACCAUUUCAACAGAGAUCUAACUCCUGGUGCUCUUGGACGCGAUAACGGGGAGUUGUCGGCUCGUGAGAAGCGGAAGAUAGCGGCUGCAGAGAAGAAGUUUGAGCAACUCGAACAUGAUCAGCAACAUCCCAAGAAGAAGAAACGGGUUCAUCCUCCGCGUGGUCAGAGCCCUAAUCUAUCGAAGUCAGCGAAGCCUCCGCACCUUGACAUACCCAACUCGCGCAGGUCAUCUCACUCGCCAGCCAAGAUGUCUCCUGAGUCUGCGUCUCAACGUCGAGAUGGCCAUUUCACUCCUCCGAAGACAUCUGCCGCUAGCACACCUCGUGUAGUGUCGCCGUUGAGCAGACCAGUCUACAUUGACCGUUCUAUCCAGACUGAUCCUGAUGAGAAUGACCCUCAAUAUGUUCCACCAAAACCGUUCCCUGCUCCACGGUUCAUGACUCUUUCGCAACGACUGCUGCGACGAUGUCUCGAAGAUCGCAUAAAGAUGGAAGAAGAUGGCCGGUUAGACAGUAUACCCAGUCUAGAUUCUUCAGAAACCGCCAGUGCGGGCACCAUGCUCCCUCCGUCAACGCCAGUGAACUCAAGGCUAGCCCCUUCACCAAAGCAUGCAUCGGACAUUGAGAUGAAGGACGCGGACUCUUCGAUGACACCUCCCAAUGCUACGGUCAGCUCGGCCAGUCCUACAACUACCUCCUCCGUUUCGCUGUCCUCGCCACCUCCUUGCCCUCUCUUCCACCUCCCUUCGACAGUCGCACACAACUUGCCUACUCCUCGCAAGAUUCCAGGGAAGCCGGAUAUGCGAAUACCCCUUCCUCCGCAACUCCCUCCUCCAACUGACAGUGUGGGUUCGCCGGACUCAGCAUCCAAGCCCGCUCCUCCCAUUGCCGUCACAAAACCUUCUCAGUCGUCCAAGUUGGAGACCACCAGUCCCGGCCAACCUGCGGCUGCUACUCCUACUCUAACGCCCACAUCAAGUCUCACAGCUCCAAGCCCCGUGAAGAAAAAACUGAGUUUGAAUGACUACAUGAGUCGCCGCGGGACCCUGACAACCCCAACCACAGAAAAGGCUCCCAACCCAUUUCUGCCCAACAGUACAAGUCCCGCGGCUUCAACGGGUAGUGCAGAUCCAAGUCCCACAACACAGUUACCCUUCACCAAGUUUGCGGAGACCCAGACUCAGACAAAUGGCGUUGGUCAGAAUCCACCCGCUUCAACGGACAUUAUAAUGAAGGACUCUCCGCAAUCCCCUUCAACCCUGUUUCCACCAUCUCAUACCGACUCUCCCUCCACAAGCAACGGCGCAAAGUCAAAUGCCAUCCAGGAUCUGAGUUCCCGAGAUCCACGACUCCUUGAUCGUGGUUAA